CCGCCUUUCCCCUCCCUUAUCCUCAGCCCCUUUAGUUUCUUCCCCGCCUCGCCACCUUCCACGAUCUCGCGAGACUUGGCCCAGAACAUUGCGGAUCGGGUCGGCGCCAUUUUGGGACUGAGACUGGUUGUGGGGGAGGGAAAAGCGGCAAAAGGGGAUUAUUCAAAGUACCGAAAACCUCCUCCCGGGAUCGAGCGCAGCGGCACCCCUAGGCCAGGGGCACCUCUGGUGUGGCAGAAGGUGAUUGAAUUACUCAGAUAUGAAGAUCAUCUUCUAGGUUUUGUGUAAAAGGCCCCGGAUAUUUCAAGUGGCCAUUUUGGAAUUACAAUGUUUUUGGAUAAUUUUACCCCAGAAGUUUAUUAAAAUUGGCAAGAAUCAUCUCUGAAGUGAAUUGAUAGUAGUGAACAGUUCUGCAAGCUUCUUAAAAAGAGAUCCAGGCAUUUCUUCAGUAUUUUGGUUCAAACGGAUUAUAUAACUGGUUUAAAGUGUUUCAGCUGGUGGUAUUUUUGCCUUCCCCCCAACCCCUCCCCUGUUGUUGGUGUUCUUCAGCCAAAACUGUAAGAUAUGUUUGAUUUGUGUACUGAGUAGUUUCGGCAGUUUCAAAUUACUGUUUAAAUAUUGCUGAAGUUUCAUGGCAGUUUAUUUUUACCUUUAUUAAAAGUUUUAGGAAUUUUUGACCUCAGCCCUUUUCAUGUCACAAUGGGACCGCUUUUCUAAAUGAAGACAUUGAAUGAAUACAGAGUUUUUUUGCUUUUAUCUUUUAUUUACGUGGAAAUUUAAGAUGUGGCAGUUUCCCAGCAGCAUGGUAGUAUUGAGAUAGCUGUGUGUCUCUUGUUUAUGCUGAUGUUUAGGAAUGCUCUUCAGAUGUGAAAUUUUCUUGUUGUUUUUUCUUUUUGACUCAUAAAUUGGAUUAUUUCAUCUGGAGUGGAUAAGUACAACAGUGACAAGUACAUGGAAUAAUAAAGAAGACUUUAAAAUCUUAAAAUCCAAGGAACUUGGCUAAUUCUGGCGAUAGCCAUAUGAAAACUUUAAAACAGAAGUAUGGGUAGCUGACUGAAGUAACUCUAUGUCAAAUAGCCAUAGGUUAAGUGUCUUCAAAGAACUUGGAUAUUAUUUCAGAGGAUACAAAAUAAAAAAACAAACUGGAAAACAUAAAGAUUACAGAGACAAAUCCAACACCUUCCUGUGCAGUCCUGUUGGAAUUUUUGAACUAAGUCAUCUCUGGGAUUUUACCUUGUUAUAGCAGUGUUUUCUCAAACACACGGUUUAAGAAACCUUAAGGGACUUGCCAUGAGGUGUUGAAACCUUGUUUCGCUGAGUUGGAGAGACUGGACCUAAAUGGCGCAGCAUGACUUUGCUCCAGCCUGGCUUAAUUUUCCUACCCCACCAUCAUCAACAAAGUCGUCACUGAAUUUUGAAAAGCAUUCUGAAAACUUUUCAUGGACAGAAAAUCGUUAUGAUGUGAACCGCCGACGACACAACUCUUCAGAUGGCUUUGAUUCUGGUAUUGGACGUCCUAAUGGAGGUAACUUUGGAAGGAAAGAAAAAAAUGGAUGGCGUACACAUGGAAGAAAUGGUACUGAAAACAUAAAUCAUCGAGGGGGAUACCAUGGUGGAAGUUCCCGUUCUCGUAGCAGUAUUUUCCAUUCUGGAAAAAGCCAAGGACUUCAUGAAAACAACAUACCUGACAGUGAGACAGGGAGGAAAGACGACAAGAGAGAACGCAAGCAGUUUGAGGCUGAGGAUUUUCCAUCUCUAAAUCCUGAAUAUGAGAGAGAACCAAAUCAGAAUAAAUCUUUAGCUGCGGGUGUAUGGGGCCUACACGCCCAGACACACACAUACCCAACCAAAAAAAUCUCCCAAGCUCCUCUCUUAGAAUAUCCCCCGAAUCCUAAAUCUAGAACUCAAAGGAUGCUGGUCAUUAAGAAAGGUAAUACAAAAGACUUACAACUAUCUGGAUUCCCAGUAGUAGGAAAUCUUCAGUCACAGCCAGUUAAGAAUGGGACUGGUCCAAGUGUUUAUAAAGGCUUAGUUCCUAAACCUGCUGCUCCACCUACAAAACCUACACAAUGGAAAAGCCAAACUAAAGAAAAUAAAGUUGGGACUUCUUUCCCUCAUGAGUCUACAUACGGUGUUGGCAACUUUAAUGCUUUUAAAUCAACUGCCAAGAAUUUUAGUCCGUCAACAACUUCAGUGAAAGAGUGUAAUCGCUCAAAUUCUUCUUCACCUGUUGACAAACUUAAUCAGCAGCCUCGUCUAACCAAACUGACACGAAUGCGCACAGAUAAAAAGAGUGAGUUUUUGAAAGCAUUGAAAAGGGACAGAGUGGAAGAGGAACAUGAAGAUGAAAGCCAUGUGGGCUCAGAAAAGGAUGACGACUCAUUUAAUUUGCAUAACAGCAAUAGUACUCACCAAGAAAGGGAUAUAAACCGAAACUUCGAUGAAAAUGAAAUUCCACAAGAGAAUGGCAAUGCCUCAGUAAUUUCCCAACAGAUCAUUCGGUCUUCAACCUUCCCGCAGACUGAUGUUCUUUCUAGUUCACUUGAAGCAGAACACAGAUUGUUAAAGGAGAUGGGUUGGCAAGAAGACAGUGAAAAUGAUGAAACAUGUGCACCCUUAACUGAGGAUGAAAUGAGAGAAUUCCAAGUUAUUAGUGAACAGUUACAGAAGAAUGGUCUGAGGAAAAAUGGCAUUUUGAAAAAUGGCCUGAUCUGUGACUUCAAGUUUGGACCCUGGAAAAACAGCACUUUCAAACCCACUAUUGAGAAUGAUGACACAGAGACAAGCAGCAGUGACACAUCAGAUGACGACGACGUGUGAAGGGUUUCCUGACAGCUUUAGAAAUUUUAGUGUGAUACAUCUCUCAUACAGUUUGGGGUGAAUUGUAAAAAUGAAGAACUAUAAUUUAUGUAGUAAAAUACCCCAUUAGAAGAUGAUUUUUUGGGGGACUUCAAUAUGAAGAAAACCAAGAAUGUUGUGUUGGGCUGUGUUGAACAUUAUUUCUUUGUAAAUGAAUGUUGUAGAAAUGAGGACUUUGGUUGAUCCAACAUUGACUUUCUUCAUCACUGCAGCAUUUCUCUGACUAGCAAUGUGACGAUGUAACAAAUGAGAGUUUCUCAUUUAAUAAUAAAAAAAUCGUGUAAUGUUUUGCAAAGCUUCUGUCUUAAAAUGUCCAGGUCUUAAGAAAAAAGGCAGCUUACACUGUUCUGCUUGCAGAGUCAUAUCUUUUCGUACAAUGGAAAUCCUCAAGUCCACUUUGUGUGGCGCUGUCCUCAGCCUUCCCCCCCUCCAAAAAAGGACAAUGUAGCAUGUUGGCUAAAACUGGAGCAAAGUGCACUAAAACGUUAAUUUCCUGAACUCAACUGUUGUGCUAGUCACGUUUUAAAACAUAAAUUGCUCUUUAGCCAUUUGUAGUUCAGUAAAUAUAACAGGAAAGACUUGCCACACUUUCUUCCAAAUUUAAGGAGGUGAUUUUCAAGAGCUUUAUUUGGGUAUGUUGUAAGACCAGGAUUUUCAGAGUUGAUGGAAAAGAGUCUGUGGGAAAACUUAUUUUGAUAAAUUAUUACACAUGCAGAAAACUGAUCACAUUGACUGGAUCUGUCCACAUGGAAAAUAAACUGGAUUUUCAGAA